AGAGCUCCCCUGCCGGAUGCGCGGUGGCCAGACGGCCACAAGGAUUCCAUUCGCCUGACCCGGCCCGGCUUGACCCUGCCUGGGCGCGCCAUGUUCGCGCGUGGGUCCCGGAGGCGCCGCUCAGGGCGCGCGGUGAGCGAGACUCAGGGCAGCGGUGGGGGUCAGGGUAAACUGAGGCCCGGGAGAGGGAGCAGGGGAUAGGGAUAGCGAGGAGGCGCUCCCAGAGGAUCUGGGAAUCCCCAUCCUCAGGGUUCCCAAACCGGAGGGCCUGGGACUGCUGGAAGUAUGUGGAUGAAGGAACGUGGUGGCCCUUGCUCCCUAAUCACCUUUCCGCACACCUUUAUCAGCACCCCGGGGACCUGGUGCACUCCCCUCUCCGGUGAAUUAUGGGAGGGGAUUCUGAGAGCCAAAAGAUUGGGUCCUGGAGUCCUAGAUUGAGCAGGGGCCUCCUGAGCUUAUGAGAAAAGGGACCUCUUCCUGUACCUUGGCGGAAGGUGAACUGAGGAGUGAGGCCCUACAUUCCUGGGGUGCCCUAAUACUGAGAGUCGAGUGGUUGGGAUUUGUGAGGAGAGGGCUUCCAGGCUUCCACUUGAGCCAGGAAGCUUUUGACUUCCUAGAUGGGAGGGUCUCUCUCUUCCCUUGGAGGGGCUGUCUGGGUGGGGUCUGCGUUUGGUGGUCCAGAAGAGUGAAUAGCCCUAGGAUAUGAGGGGUAAGGGCCAAGGCUUCUUGGGGUGUGGGUUUCUGAAUGGCUCAAGGGCCUCCUGAGAUCCUGGAGGAGGGUCUCAGUUCCUUGGGUAUGAAAAGGUGAAGCCAGGGUUUGGGGGAUGGGCUCUUGAGCUUCUGAAAAGAGGAGCAGGGCUCACGUGGGGAUCCCAAGUAAGGACGGGGUCUCAGAUUCCUACCCUGUGGAACUGGAGUGCUGCUGGCUUCCUGAGUGGAGAAGGGGCCGAGAUGAGGCCUGAGAGGAGACACCCAGAUUAGGGGCUCUGCUUUGGUGGGGAGAGUACUCUGAGUUCAGGGGGAGGUGUUUUGAGGCCUAGAGGAGUCAGAGGCUGGUGGGGAGGUGUCGAGGUUGGGUGAGCGGAGUUCAGUGCUGGCCCGGGGAGGGGAAUUCCCUGAAAGGGGCGGCAUACAGGGAGGUGGCCUCAGCUCCCCCGCCUCUACCUCGGUUGUGUCCCCCUCCCCCGCGCUCUGGACUCUGUCCCAGCCUGCCCGGCGUUGCCCUGGUGGGACAUGCCCCGGCGUGUGGUUGCCGGCCUCGGAGUGGAGAGGCGGGCGUUGACUUCUCUCUCCCUCCCCGCCCGCGCGCACCUCGCCGGGUCCCGCGUCUGCCCCCUCCCACUACAGCCUCAAGAAGCAGAGGACCCAGACCGAGGCCAGCCCUGCAACUCCUGCAGGGAGCAGUGCCCCGGCUUCCUGCUGCAUGGCUGGAGAAAGAUCUGCCAGCACUGCAAAUGCCCACGGGAGGAGCACGCCGUGCACGCAGUGCCUGUGGACCUGGAACGCAUCAUGUGUCGGCUAAUCUCAGACUUCCAGCGCCACUCCAUCUCUGACGACGACUCCGGCUGUGCCUCGGAGGAGUAUGCCUGGGUGCCCCCUGGUCUCAAGCCCGAGCAGGUAUACCAAUUUUUCAGCUGCCUUCCAGAGGACAAGGUCCCCUACGUCAACAGUCCCGGGGAGAAAUACAGGAUCAAACAGCUGCUGCACCAGCUGCCCCCACAUGACAGUGAGGCACAGUACUGCACAGCUCUGGAAGAGGAAGAGAAGAAAGAACUCAGAGCCUUCAGCCAGCAGCGGAAGCGGGAGAAUCUGGGGCGAGGCACCGUGCGCAUCUUCCCCGUGACCAUCACUGGGGCCAUCUGUGAGGAGUGCGGGAAGCAGAUUGGAGGUGGGGACAUCGCCGUGUUUGCCAGCCGUGCAGGCCUGGGUGCCUGCUGGCACCCACAGUGCUUUGUGUGCUCCACGUGCCGGGAGCUGCUGGUGGACCUCAUCUACUUCUACCAUGCUGGCAAGGUCUACUGUGGUCGCCACCAUGCUGAACGCCUGCGCCCGCGCUGCCAAGCCUGUGACGAGAUCAUCUUCUCCCCUGAGUGCACAGAGGCCGAGGGCCGGCACUGGCACAUGGGUCACUUCUGCUGCUUUGAGUGUGAAGCAUCACUGGGAGGGCAGCGCUAUGUCAUGCGUCAGAGCCGCCCCCACUGCUGCGCCUGCUACGAGGCCCGCCACGCGGAGUAUUGUGAUGGCUGUGGGGAGCACAUUGGCCUGGACCAGGGCCAGAUGGCUUAUGAGGGCCAGCACUGGCACGCCUCAGACCGCUGCUUCUGCUGUAGUCGCUGUGGGCGAGCCCUCUUGGGCCGCCCCUUCCUGCCACGCCGUGGCCUAAUCUUCUGCUCCCGAGCCUGCAGCCUGGGGUCCGAGCUCACGGCUCCGGGGCCCGGCCGCCGCAGCUGGAGCGCAGGCACGGUCUCCACACCUCUCACAGCCUCUACAGCCUCUUUCUCUGCUGUGGAGGGGGUAUCUGAGACCUCCACAAAAGGCACCAGCAACGACCCAGCGCCUGCUGCAGGCUCCGAGGAGCCUGCCCGCUUUCUGAGAGGGGCCCCUCACCGCCACUCCAUGCCCGAGCUGGGGCUCCGCAGUGUCCCCGAACCACCCUCAGGGCCUGCCGGCCAGCCGGACCCGCGCCCAGAAGAUGGUGCCUUUGGUCGCCAGAGCACCCCACGCGUCAGCUUCCGCGACCCUUUGGUGUCUGAGGGAGGCCCGCGGCGGUCCCUGAGUGUGCCCCCAGCCCAGCGCCGCAGGCCACGCAGCCCCCCGCCCAGGGGCCCCAUACAUCGCCGCCACCCCCACCAUCACCACCACCACCAUCACCGCCGCCACUCUGGCAGACGUCGCCACCAUCGAUGUGACUUGGGAUCAGGGUCGGACUCGGGAUCUUGCUCCAGCUCGCCCUCCAGUCCCAGUUCCGAAUCCUCAGAGGACGACGGCUUCUUCCUAGGGGAACGCAUCCCACUGCCCCCACACCUGUGCAGGCCAAUGCCUGCUCAGGACACUGCAACUGAGACCCCCAAUUCCCCAUCUCCACAGCUCCCCAGGAACUCUCGCCCAGGGAUGCCUCGCCAGGCCAGAGACAAGAACUGCAUCGUGGCUUGAAGGAGUGACAGUUCUGGAGGGCUGCAUUCUCAAGUCAGUGUAGAUGAUGACCCAGCCCCCCAACUUAAGUCAUAAAUCCCUUGCCUUCCUCCCUCCUUCAUCUGUUUGUAUUACUGAAGUAAUUUAAUAUUUGUUUUAAAACAG